AAUGUCUUUUAGGUGGGUGGGAGUGGGACUAAAAUAAGAUUGGAUUAGACAUUAAUUUAGAAGACUAAUAAUAAUUAGAGAAAUAAAAAGAAUCUCUCUCUCUCUCUCUCUGUCAUCAAAUUAAUUAGUAGUAAGUAAAUCUUUCUUCUUCGUCUGCUUUGCCAAUUGCCAGGGGGGGGCAAGAAGAUUGAUUUUUGUAUAGAUAGAUGUUGCUUCUCCGUGGUAGAAUCGCCGUCGUUGUCUUGGUCCUCUUCUUCUCCUCCUCCUCGUCUUUCGUGGCCGCUCAGAAGAAGAACUCGUCUUCUUCUUCUUCUUCGUCGUGUCCUUUGGACUUUUCCAUCCUCCAACCGUUCCGGCGUCCAGAACCGGAUGGCCCAAACACAUGCCAGUACCUACUCCAAGGGCUGCGGCUCCUUUACUCUCACCAUCUCCGUGAGACUGGUUCCUUCCUCCCUCCCGCUGCUUCUGCCGCCUCCUGCUGGGAUGCUCUUCAGUCUAACAUCUCCGAUUUUCUCCCUGGCUUCGAUGUCCGAUCAAAGUGUGGUUUCAAGACGCCCUGGAUCUCUCAGGGAUGCAUGAACAUCACCACCAGGUCUCGCUUCGAAUCCCUCAUCCCUAAUUCCUCCCUCACCACCACCUUCAUCCGCUGUAACACCUCUCUCCAGAGCAAUACCCCUUGCGCCUCCUGCACUCAGAGCCUCUCCGCCUUUCAGGCCUACCUCUCCGGACCUUCCCUCGGCAACAAUGUCUCCGACUGUGCUUCCUUCCCCUCUAUUUACGCCGCUGCUUUCGCCAAUCCCUACGGUCCCACCGACUCUGGCACCGCCAAAUGCUUGUUUCAGCUCGAUUACGCCUCCUCCUCCUCUUCCUCCUCCUCCGGUGGUCGUAAGAAGCUCAAAAUUGCAGUUUCCUUGUCUGUCUCUCUCGUCGCCUCUGCUUUGGUUAUCACCGCUUGGUGGUUCUGGUACUCCCGGCGGCUCAAGAAGAGGAAGAAGAAGAAGAAGAUACUUUUCAAGCCUACUCAGUCUAGGCUAGAUUCCAUGAGCGAGAGCACCACUCUUGUCAAAUUCAGCUUCGAAGAGAUCAAGAAAGCCACCAACAAUUUCUCACGCCACAACAUCAUUGGCAGGGGAGGUUACGGUAACGUCUACAAAGGGGUCUUGCCCGACGCCACCCAGGUCGCUUUUAAGAGGUUCAAGAACUGCUCGGCUACAGGGGACGAGAACUUCGCUCACGAGGUCGAGGUCAUCGCCAGCAUACGCCACGUUAAUCUCCUGGCCCUCAGAGGCUACUGUACAGCAACCACCCCUUACGAAGGCCACCAGAGGAUCAUUGUGUGCGAUCUUGUCACUAACGGUAGUCUUCACGACCAUCUCUUUGGAGACUUGAAGGAGGCUCAGCUUCCCUGGCCCUUAAGGCAGAGGAUCGCACUUGGCAUGGCCAGAGGUCUCGCUUAUCUUCACUACGGCGCACAGCCUUCCAUUAUCCACAGGGACAUCAAGGCCAGCAACAUUCUCUUGGACGAGAGAUUCGAAGCCAAGGUUGCCGAUUUCGGGCUGGCCAAGUUCAACCCCGAAGGAAUGACGCAUAUGAGCACCCGUGUGGCCGGCACAAUGGGAUAUGUGGCGCCAGAGUACGCACUCUACGGUCAGCUGACAGAGAAAAGCGAUGUGUACAGCUUUGGAGUGGUGCUUCUGGAGCUUCUGAGCAGGAGAAAGGCGAUCGUGACAGACGAGGAGGGUCAGCCUGUGUCAGUGGCAGACUGGGCAUGGUCGCUGGUGAGAGAAGGCAGGACACUGGACGUGGUGGAAGACGGGAUGCCAGAGAAGGGACCUCCAGAGGUUCUGGAGAAGUAUGUGCUGAUAGCGGUGCUGUGCUCUCACCCUCAGCUCCACGCAAGACCGACAAUGGAUCAAGUGGUGAAAAUGCUGGAGAAUAAUGAGUUCACUGUAAUCUCUAUACCUCAACGGCCAAUCCCUCUGGUGGCUUGUAGGGAUGAGAUUGACCGCUCUGUUAGUAGCAGCAGCGGCUCAGGGAAGCUCACUAGCCCCACGGGAUAUCAGGCCUUCUCCUUCGGAGGUGAUGAUAUUGGACCCUCUGGGAACACAAAUAUGUUCUUGAAUUAGUGUACGUAUCACAUGUAAGGCGACAAAAGCUUGAUAGAAAAAGUAAGACACGAAAGAUACGGAGGAGGUCCCUGAUGAGAUAUACACGUACAGCAUUUUCAUUGAUUCUCUCCGGUGUAUUCCCCUCCGCUACCGUCAUAACAAUCAAAUUUUGCUGGUGGUUUAUCUUUAAUUCUUCUUUUAUGUUUUUCUACGAAUUUUAUCUUCAAGGAUCGAUCGAGUUACAUAACUCAUAAGCAAGUAGGAUCGCUAUAUCAUUAACAGUCACGUGUUCGGAUGUGAACAAGAAAGAAUAAAGAAGACAGAUCUGAUCUCUGCCUGAUAUUUUCUGUUUUCUUGGAUGAAUUCAUAGGAUUCCCAGAAAAAAACUGAGAUCAAGUUUUUGACAAGAGGCCAAAGACAUCACGUGUCUGUCUCUGUCCAAUCCACGCCAGCCACUAAAAGCAUGUGUUUGAAUGCAUUUGCGUAUUCAGAUUUACUUUUUGUAAGACAUUUAGUAGUAUGUAUCUUACAGAUUAUGUUUGUUAGUACACAGAGUAUUCGUUUAAUGGAUAUGGAUAUUAGUUUAUGUA